AUGAUUAAAACUUCCACGGGGUAUAAUUCUACCCAACUCACCUACUUGCAACAGAAGCAAUAUGACCAACAACGGCAGCAACAGAAGCAUUAUUACCAAAAACGGCAGGAACAGAAACACUAUUACCAACAACCGGAACAGCAACAGAAGCACUAUUACCAACAACGGCAGCAACAGAAGCACUAUUACCAACAACGACAGCAACAGAAGAAUUAUUACCAAAAACGACAGGAACAGAAGCAUUAUUACCAACAACGGGAACAGCAACAGAAGCACUAUUACCAACAACGACAGCAACAGAAGCAUUAUUACCAAAAACGGGAACAGCAACAGAAGCACUAUUACCAACAACGGCAGCAAGAGAAGCACUAUUACCAACAACGGCAGCAAGAGAAGCACUAUUACCAACAACGGCAGCAAGAGAAGCACUAUUACCAACAACAGCAGCAAGAGAAGCACUAUUACCAACAACAGCAGCAAGAGAAGCACUAUUACCAACAACGGCAGCAACAGAAGCACUAUUACCAACAACGGCAGCAACAGAAGCACUAUUACCAACAACGGCAGCAACAGAAGCAAGAGAUGAGAUAG